GAAGACAACGGCAUGUCCAGUCUUUUGCAUUUGUAGUCACUGCAACUGCAACUUCUUUAUUUUCGAUAAUUUCGUUCGAGAUAAAAUGGCGACGUACAUAAAACAUAGUAUAACAUUAACAACAUUUUCACAUUUGCUAAAUGUUUAAACGUUAAAAGUUCGUAAAGUGGCGAUAAAUCACUUUGAAAUUUGAGAAAUUUCUAAUAAUUGUUGCAGAAAAUAAUUGUUAGGGUAUCUAACCUAUAAUACUUCGGUGCGUUACAUGUUGUGCUUAUUCUACUAAUAUUUUGUUUUGACAUUUCUGCUUGAAAAAAUAUUUUUAAAAAUCUCUGAAUAAUAAUUCGAAAACAUGCAUACGUCUGGAGAUUUUGUCAUACACGGCGGUAAUAGCGCGUUUGCAAACAGGCAAAAAUUACUGUUUGACAAGCUGUCAAAUGCAGAACAAGAGUGUAACAAGAAUAAGAGCACUAUUGAAUCUAGAGAGAUGGACAUAGAUGUUGAUGAACACAAAAAAUCUUUGGUUCCAAGGCAUGGUCAAAAACGUAAAAGUGAAACAAAGAGGUUUCGUGGUAAAGAAAGUAUUUUUAAGAGACCAGAGGGCCCAGCACCACGUGCCAGCAACAGAAAUGUACCAGAUUAUCAUAAAAAUCCUCAUAAAUGGACAAAGUAUAGUUUAGAUGAUGUGUCUAAUGAUGACAUGACAGAACAAAGCAACACAAGGGCUGCAUUGUCCUUUUUAAAAGAAUUAAAAACAAGAAGAUCUAUUGAAAUAAAUGACGAAGAAAUGGAUGUAGAUGACCCUAAUUCGAUUGAAAAGAAUCAGUCUAAGAUAGUAUUUAAAUCUAGAAAGAAUAAAACAACUUCAAAUAUUCAAUUCAAGAAACCUGAAAAUGAAAUAGAAAAUACAGAUGAUAAUGAUGCAGUUGUAAUUGAUGAUGAAGAUAAGCCAACAUUUAAAAGUAGCAAGGUUAUUAUGCCAGAAUAUAUUGUUGGUCAAAAACAGAAAAAGAAAAGCAAGAAAGAAAAGCCUGCAAAAAAAAUUGAUCAAUCAAAACAACUAAAAUUGGAUCACUUAGAAGAAGCUGAUGAAGAAGAGGAUUAAAUGUACAUAAUGCACCUCACAUUAAUGCAGCAGAUAUAAUUGUACCUAUCAGUUGUGUAAUUCAAAUAUUUGAUAUAUUUUAUUGAUUAAUGUAUUUUAAAUCUAGUAAUAAUAAAGUAUUGCGUAUUAGUUUAA